AUGCUCAUCUACUUCUCAUCGCACCCGAAAUCGAGGGUCCAAAACCUGAAAAGAAGAAUCCCUUUGCUCAGCGCAAAAAAAACAACUGUCAAGAGAGAGCGAGAUGACGUCUAUCCCGAACGCAAAGGUCUUAAUAAGCCGGACUUUGUAGGUGAGUCGCCAUUGGACGUGCUUUUCGCCAAACUCGAGAAGAUCUUGGACAAAGAGCUCCCUGAGACGACAGUGGAGUCUGUAUAUGUGGCACUUUUUACUGACAACUUCCCUGACGACCUGGAACUGGCCCGUUAUAAGGUUGUCGAUCAACUUCUAGACUAUCUUCUAGAUAUCCAGAAGUAUGCCAUAGUAGCCAAGGAGGCAUCGAAGACGAAAGAUCUUAUUAGCAUCUCUCUUCAUGAUAUCAAGACGUUUGCCAAAUUAGUCAACGUCAUCAUCAUGUUGGGAAUAUACCCGGCCAUAGGAGCAUUCAGCAUUGGAAUACCAUUUGAGAAAAGAAGACUCAGUGAUUUCGGAAAAAAGGUGUUUAAGCCAAUAAAAAUCACGCCCAUUGCACCUUCACAGGUUUCCAAUACGGCCACAAAUCGCUUUUCUCGUCAUUCUGAAAUGCUACAAUUGGUUUACCGCAAGCUAUACCUGAUUUUCAACAUCGAUUCUGAUGUGAGGGAGCUUUUACUCAAAGGCUCUGGAUACUCUGACUUCUUGACGGUUGCAAUCACACUCAUCACUGUGCCAUACUUUGAGAAAUCCGUCAAAGCGUCAGUGUCUCGGGAUUAUGAGCAGAUCACCUCGUUUGCUGCUACUUACGAAUUAUAUCAGGACUACACCUUACUCAUCAACACACCUUCUCCUUCCUAUUUCAAGCAAUUUGUCAUGGACAAGCUACAGCUCUUGCCAUCUAGUGCACCGAAAGGUGACGGUGUGUUGACUGUAGUGGAAUUUGUACUUGGACUAAGAGACCAGGAGGAGAUCAAGGUGGAGAAACUUGAUCAUGUUGCCAGUAUACUUCUCCUGAAGCCCAAAUCUCUCACCACUAUUGAGUAUUUCACCUCGAUUGGCAACCAGUGCUACAAUAUUCUCGUCAACAUCAACAGACCCACCAUAUCCACAACCAUAUGCCAUUUUAUGGAGAAAUUAUGGUUGAAGAAUCCCCGUGUGGUUCAGGAUUUCUUUCUCAAGCGCAUUUGGGAAAAUCUCAAUCCGCCAUCCGACUCCACUAAGUUGGUGUUGGUCGGAGAGAUUGCAUUGAACAAUAAUAUCAAUGUGCUCAUCUCAUUGACACAAAGAGGACUUACAAGUGAUCUUUUGGUUGCCCUUUUCAUGCCUAUUGCUGUUCCACUUUGGUCUUACUAUGCAUUUUUGAGACCCCACGGCAAAUCCAGUGAUAUUACUCAGAACAUUAUUGUGGGAUUUUUGACUUUAGUGGGAGACUCGGAGAACUUUGCUGUCGAUGCGUUGGAUUCCAUGGCGAAGAACUUGGUGUCAGAUGGAGGAGAGCAUUGGAAGUUUCGUCUAGGGCCAAAUCAGCUUGUGGAAAUUUGUCCCGAUAAUGAAGGCAUGGAUGCUGUUGAUGCAGAGAAGAAAGUGCUCUCGUUCAUUAAGCUACUUGACUCAAAUUGCAAACUGUUUGUGGAAUUGCUCAAGCAGGUCGACCAUGAAGUGAUUCUGAAAUUGUUUGUGAGAAUUCUUUCUAGAUGGCUCAAAGACCAAUCUGUUGAUACCAGUUUGGGAGAUGAGAAUCCAUUUGUUAAAUUGAUCGAUCUUAGACUCCUCGAAAGUAUCGGAAAUGAGUUUAAAGACAGGUUGGCGCAGUCUCCUUUUGAUAUAUUGGACCUUGUCUCGACAAUCUUACAAUAUAGAGUGAAGAACGAAUCUGGAGCCUCCAAAAUGGACGUUGACGAAGGCGCAGAUUCUGAUGAUGAAGAUUCUGAUGAUGAGCAAGAGGAUUCUGUCAAUAGUGACGUCGUUUCCACAGUUUUGGAGCUUCUCUCUGCUAUCAUCCUGGAAUCUAAUCCCGCAGAAAUUGAUGAAAGGUGCAGAGACAAAUUGAAAGUUAUUCUCCGUCUGUUGAAGUCUCGCUACCUGGACUUGUCAACAGCCAAGGCACUUGGAGAGAGAAUCAGUCUCCUCCUCAAUGGCGAUGCUCCUACUACUGAUGAGACAGAGGCGCAGAGAAGAAUCUUGACAAGGGCAAUCACCAACCUCAAUGACCCCCUCGUUCCCAUUAGAGCCCACGGGUUGUAUCUUUUAAGGCAAUUGGUUGAGCAACAGAGCUCCGUUCUCACAGUUGACUUUGUUGUGAAUUUGCACUUGAUGCAAUUGAAAGACCCGGAACCGUUUAUUUAUUUAAACGUCAUCAAAGGUUUAGGCAGCUUGCUUGAGUGGAACGCUGGAGAUGUUCUUCCCAUUUUAUUGCUGAUCUACACAAAUACUGAUAAUAGUGAUGAUAAGGACAAGUUUGAGACUAAAGAGGAGAAAACUGAGAAUUUGGACGAACGUUUGAGGAUUGGAGAAGUUCUUUUGAGAUAUGUUCAACAACAGGAUGAGGCAUUCACGGGACAAAAUGCCAAGAUGGUUUUCAAUGCUGCUCUCAAACUUAUCAGGCGUCCCGCAAAUGAUGCUGACAGAAUCGAUGACCGCUUGAGGAUGUCUGCAAUGUCCAUUCUUGGAGUUUGUUGCAGUGUGAAUCCUUUGGGUGUCUACGGCAGCUUGGAGUUGGCCUUGGAUUGUGCAUUGGGAAUCCUAGACCUUGAAACCGGUAAAGAUAGUGCCAUAAUGAGACGCUCGGCGGUGGUGCUCAUCUACGAUUUGAUAGCCGGCACUUCGAAGACAGAUAAGGUUCCUUUCCCCAAGCUGUAUAGAGAUAAAGUGUUAACACUGUUGAGGUAUGCGGUGGAGCAAGAUAACGAUUUGUUGGUCAGAGAGCAAGCACAAGAUGUUCUCAACUACAUUGAAGAGCUUGUCAGAAUUGCAAUGGACGUCGAUGGGGCUUAA